UUUGGUAGAAUUCAGGUCAUCAGUGAAACCAUCAGGUCCUGAGUUUUCUGUAAAUUUUUUUCCCUCAAAUUUCUGAUACAAUCUCUCACUUCUUUCAGAAUUGAUAGGGUGCCCCCCUUUUUCACAGAGAACAUACAGGCCUUUAAAAAAAAUCUGUUAGGUGAGUUUCAGACUUCAUGAAAAGGCAUCAUUAAAUGACAUUACUUGGAUUAAUGUCAGUUUAGAAGAACCUGCCUAGCACCCAGAAAGCUCCCAAUGACUGAUCAAUGAGUUUAUUUCCUCCCUCAAGGCCUCUUUUCCCACCUGGAAGAUAAAAUCAAGGCAGGAUUCUUCACCCAGGGUAGCUUUUACCCUGAGUCCUCUUUCUUCUAACUCCCACAAUGGUGCCCCGUCACCCUUCUGACAUUGCUUCUAAAUUUGAACAGGGUUGUAACCUUGUGGAAACUAGAACCACUGCCUGCCCUGACCCCCUAGAAAAGCAGAUACAUGUUAACACAAAGGACGUUUUCAAUAAAGACUUUGUAGUAGUAUCUUAAAAGACUAUUUAGUAGCAAAUACUAAAUUGUAUUUAGACUUUUAGUCUUAAUACUUCGUAGUCGCAAAUAAAGACUAAGAAAAUAGUUUUAUGUUAUGAACAUUUACGAUCUUGGGAAUAAUUCCAGGUGACAUUGUUCUUAAUUUCUUUUAAAUUCUUAAUGACUUUUACAAUCCUACCUUCAUGCCUGAUAAAAAAAAAUGACAGUUUAUUCAGUAGUUUUUUUGAAUUCUUUUACAGUAAGUGGAAAUGUUUUCUAAUAUAUAAAAACCUACAGAAGAAGAAAAUAAUUUUCUGGAUCAAAUUAGAAGUCUGUAUUAUAUUGAUGUCUCCAGAUUCAAAUAUAUUAGAAAGCAGCAGUGGAGACAACCAUAUUCAUCUUUGGGAGAAAUAACUAAAGUCUUGGGCCUGGCACUAUCUGUUAGGCCUUGGUGUUCUAUUGAACAUAAACCACGUCACAGAGCACCAAUAUCAGACAGGGCCACUCUGUGACCACGAUGGGUCAGGACAAGAACAAGGCCACUCAGUAAUCACGUCUGAACUGGGACUGAAACAGGAACAUUGUUGAAGCCACAAAAAUGGCCAAACAUCCUCCCAUGCCGCUAACAUGAGAGACUCCUGCUUCUUGGCCACUCACAGCUCUAGCCUCCUUUCAUUCCUUCCACCUUUUAGCCUACGUACCUCAAGCAUUAGAACUACAAACAAACCCUGAUGCGACCUCUCCAGAUUGUCCCAAGUCGAUUGAUUUCCCAGCUAUAUUGUGGCCUGAAGCCUUCAGCCUCCACAGGAAACCAGAUUUGCCUGAAAAUGGCUCGGCCAAGUUCAAGUAUGGCAGAUUUUCGGAAGUUUUUUGCAAAAGCAAAGCACAUAGUCAUCAUCUCAGGCGCUGGUGUUAGUGCGGAAAGUGGCGUUCCGACUUUCAGAGGAGCUGGAGGUUAUUGGAGAAAAUGGCAAGCCCAGGACCUGGCGACUCCGCUGGCCUUUGCCCAAAACCCGUCCCGGGUGUGGGAGUUCUACCACUACCGGCGGGAGGUCAUGGGGAGCAAGGAGCCCAACGCCGGGCACCACGCCAUAGCCGAGUGUGAGACCAGGCUGGGCAAGCAGGGCCGGCGAGUCGUGGUCAUCACCCAGAACAUCGAUGAGCUGCACCGCAAGGCUGGCACCAAGAACCUUCUGGAGAUCCAUGGUAGCUUAUUUAAAACUCGAUGUACCUCUUGUGGAGUUGUGGCUGAGAAUUACAAGAGUCCAAUUUGUCCAGCUUUAUCAGGAAAAGGUGCUCCAGAACCUGGAACUCAAGAUGCCAGCAUCCCAAUUGAGAAACUUCCCCGGUGUGAAGAGGCAGGCUGCGGGGGCUUGCUGCGACCUCACGUCGUGUGGUUUGGAGAAAACCUGGAUCCUGCCAUUCUGGAGGAGGUUGAUAGAGAGCUCGCCCACUGUGAUUUAUGUCUAGUGGUGGGCACUUCCUCUGUGGUGUACCCAGCAGCCAUGUUUGCCCCCCAGGUGGCUGCCAGGGGCGUGCCAGUGGCUGAAUUUAACACGGAGACCACCCCAGCUACGAACAGAUUCAGGUUUCAUUUCCAGGGACCCUGUGGAACAACUCUUCCUGAAGCCCUUGCCCGUCAUGAAAAUGAAACUGUUUCUUAAGUGUCCUGGGGAAGAAAGAAAUUACAGUAUAUCUGAGAACUAGGCCACACGCAGAGGAGAAAUGGUCUUAUGGGUGGUGAGCUGAAUAUUGAACAAUCUAAAAAUAGCCUCUGAUUCCCUCGCUGGAAUCCAACCUGUUGAUAAGUGAUGGGGGUUUACAAGUAGCAAAGAGCACCCACAUUCAAAAGUCACGGAACUGGAAAGUUAAUUCAUAUUAUUUGGUUUGAACUGAAACGUAAGAUAUCUUUGAUGUGUAUGGUUGGUUAAUGGGAGGGAAAAAUUUUGUAAAUUAUUGUCUAAAAAAA